AUAUUAUAUAAGAUUCUUUGAAGACAGUAUCCUACACUAUAGCGACACUUGGGUCCAUUGAAACACAACAAUGGCUGCAACAUUCAUCUCUCGCAUCUCUCUUCUUCAACCAAACCCUUCUCUCUCUCUUACACCCCAUCAGUCUCCAUUAACCCACCAACAACAACUUCCCUCAAAUUUACGUUUUGUGGCUAAAAGGGCAAAAGGGGUUGUGCUAAAAGCUUCUUCAGGUGUAUUGGAAGUCAAUUCCAAGCAACCCUUUUCAGUUGAAAAAUCUAAUGAUCCAAUUGUUGUUAUUGAUAACUAUGAUAGCUUUACGUAUAAUCUUUGUCAGUAUCUGGGAGAGUUAGGAUUUCACUUUGAGGUCUACCGAAACGACGAGUUGACGGUUGAGGAGUUGAAAAGAAAAAAUCCAAGAGGAGUGCUGAUAUCACCUGGACCAGGAACACCUCAAGAUUCAGGCAUAUCUUUGCAAACAGUUUUGGAACUUGGACCAACUGUACCUGUGUUUGGUGUCUGCAUGGGAUUGCAGUGCAUUGGAGAGGCUUUCGGCGGGAAAAUCGUUCGCUCUCCUUCUGGUGUGAUGCAUGGAAAAAGUUCUCUGGUUUAUUAUGACGAGAAAGGAGAAGAUGGAUUACUUGCUGGACUAUCAAAUCCUUUCUUGGCUGGAAGAUAUCACAGCCUUGUAAUUGAAAAGGAGAGCUUUCCUCAUGAUGAACUUGAGGUAACAGCAUGGACUGAAGAUGGUCUCAUAAUGGCUGCUCGCCACAAGAAAUAUCGGUAUUUGCAGGGUGUUCAGUUUCAUCCAGAAAGCAUUAUAACUCCUGAAGGCAUGACAAUUGUCCAUAAUUUUGUGAAGCUUAUAGAGAAAAGGGAGGCUGCUAGUUCUUGAAACAAUGCUGAAUGCUUAAAAUAGUUUGAAGUUAUAUGUAAACCAAAUAAUUAUUUUGGUAACCUGUUUGUCAACUAGUUUACAAUUUUAAGGUCAUGUAAUUCAUUUGUUGAAAAAGCAAACAUUACAAAUAGUUCGAUUAAAUUACAGUUUUGAUCCGUAAUUAAAAAAAUAGUGAUAUGAUAUAUUUUUUCUUA